AUGGCUUGGAGUGUUCUUGGUGGGAUCCAGAUGUGAGAUCAGGUGGCAGUUCACGGUGAUCGCCUCAAGCUGAAGAUGGGAGUUUUGUUUCCCAGAGAGGCUCAGGUGGGUGUCAAGGGCCGGGACCUCCUUGUUUGGCCGUCCGGAGUGUUCCCUGCCCAAGCACAGUGAGGAGGAGCUGGGUCACAGGUCCUGGUGACAUCACGGGACAAUUACUGCCACAGAGCUGGAGAAGCUCGGGCUUGGUGACAGUGUGGACCUGCACGUGUAUGAGAUUCCCGUCGAGUACCAGACGGUCCAGAGGCUCAUCCCUGCCCUGUGGGAGAAGCACAGCCCACAGGUGAGUGGGGCGAAGGCAGGUGCUCCCUCAUCAGGACCCGCAGCUCGUGGUGCAUGUGGGGGUGUCGGGCAUGGCGACCACGGUCACACUGGAGAAGUGCGGGCAUAACAAGGGCUACAAGGGGCUGGACAACUGUCGCUUCUGCCCUGGCUCCCAGUGCUGCGUGGAGGACGGCCCGGAAAGCAUUGAUUCCAUCAUCGACAUGGACGCUGUCUGUAAGAGGGUCACGACGCUGGGCCUGGAUGUGUCUGUGACCAUUUCACAGGAUGCUGGCAGGUACCUCUGUGACUUCACCUACUACACCUCGCUGUACCAGAGUCAUGGCCGCUCAGCCUUUGUUCACGUGCCUCCCCUGGGCAAGCCCUACAAUGCAGACCAGCUGGGCAGGGCGCUGCGGGCCAUCAUCGAGGAGAUGCUGGAUGUCCUGGAGCAGUCAGAAGGCAAAAUCAGCUGUCGCCACAAACACUGAGAGCCUCUUGGGCCUCCCAAGAUCUCGUCCUACUAGAGACCCCGGGAGGGAUGUCCACCCUCCUGGCCAAGGAGGAUCAGCGCAUCAGCUGGGGAUCUGAUUUGGAUCAAUAUUCCGACUUACACACUUCCUCUCCCUUCUUCUCCACGAAAGGGCUGGUCGCCUAGAAGGAGGUGGCUGAAAAUAUUUUUCUCUAUUUCCCUUUGCAUCUGGGGACACAGCCCCAGCGGCUGGGAAGCUGGUGGCUUCUGAUCUCUGCAGGGAAUCCCGGUCAGGUGGGUCUUUGCUCUUGAGCCCUCAGCUGGGGCCACCUGCUCACCUGCUUUUCUAAGUCCCUGAUGAAGGGAUUCUGGAGUUCCCUCCGUCCAUGACUGGUUCUUCCCAAACUUAAAACCUCCUUGAAGAGUCUUUGCCCUGAACCACAUCCCAACAGUCUGGAGCCCCAGAAAGGGCUGCCUUGGGAUAUGGCUGGGGCUUUUUUUUCCUUCUCUUUCUUAUCCUCUUUUUUAAAAACAAUAGUGCUAGUUUGGGCACAGAGGAAUUUAUAUUCCCUUUGGUUAAAAGGCGGGAUUUCGUGGACAGCAACGUGUCUUUCCUUUUUCCUGGGAUGCAGCCCUGUUUUGCCUCUUUCUCUGAAAACAGGACCCACGUCUUUGUAUUGGAGCUGACAUCGAGUUCCCUUUCCUCAGGGCCAGCGGGGCCUUUAGCCAGGCCAUCGGAGGGAGGUGGGGGAGAGGGGGGUGGAAGCUGCUGCCCCAGGUGGUUAAAAAGGUGAGCUGACCUUUUUGACGCCAGAGCCAGAACGGUGAGCUGUACCCUUGGGGACUCUGGAGCAGGGGUGGGGAAACAGCCCUUGUCAUUUUGACCUUGCACAUGACUUUUUUUUUUUUUUUUAAAUAUG